AUGCACGAGCCUGGCGAUGCUUUGCAGCGAAGCUGGCAGCGCGCGUGCAGAGAUCUUACCGUGAACCGCCGACUCGAGAAGAUCGCCGAACACAUCAGCAGCGUGCUGCCUCAAGCGAGCAGGCACAGCAAUUCAUUUCGGGCCUGGGUGGACGUGCAGAGGCCAUAUCACAAUGGCUCUGGUUUCCCUCCGUCCAGCUUCUUCGAAGUCCAACAAUGGGCGUCUCCGCAGGAUGACACGGCGUGGUCGGCGUUGAUCGCUAUCGACGCGGACUAG